UGGUCAUCUUGCUAGCUUGCUACCUAGCCUUUCAUAAUCUCAUGCUCAUCACAUGCAUCCCAUGCUAUCGUGGAUAUCACUAUACAAGCAGUCCAGUGCUACAGGUCAUACCCGCGAUGUCUUGCCAAUCCGAAGCUCACAAUCACGAUCACACACACGACCAUUCGCACGCCCACGACCUGCCCAGCAGCGAUCCGAAUGCUGGUGACAAGAACUCGCUCUACAGCAAGAUCGAUCGGGAACAUGUCAGGGCUCUGAACGCUGCCGGAGGAGAUGAAGCUGGAAAGAAUGUGAUCAAACCGUGGGAUUUGCGGGAAGACGAGUUGCAGCACUGCGAAUCGGACGCGGAUGAUAGCUUGAUCAUCAACAUCCCUUUUACGGCUCAGAUCAAGCUCCGAAGUAUCAUUCUGAAAACGGGACCCGGAGAUCUGACACCUGAAUCAUGCCACCUCUACGUCAACGAGCCCGGCCUAGACUUCUCUUCAGUCUCCGACAGACCCGCAAAAGAAGUCGUCCAGCUCGUGCCGCAACGAGAAUCUGUGGAAUACGCCUUGAGGCCAAGCAAGUUCUCCGCGGUGACUUCGAUACAGUUGGUCUUCCCCAACAACAUCUCGGAUGGCGAGGACGAGACUACGAGGGUUUAUUAUGUUGGAUUCAAGGGAGAGUGGAACGAGCUUACGCGGAAUCCGGAUGGGAUCAUCUUAUACGAAGCUCAGGCUAAUCCGAGUGAUCAUGCCAAGUUGCGAGAGCAAGUAGGAGGUAGUCAGUUGGGUAUGUAAGAUGUAUCUCUUCGUGUCGUGGGGAUGCAAGACGUCUAUUGCCGAAAAAAAGCGGAGAGAUCUGAAUCGAGAUGACACGUUACGUAUAUGCGA